AUGGGUGACGCUCAGCGCAAGGAGCUUAAUGCUUUCUUCUCCUUCUUCGCGACAUUCGACCUCACCAGGCCCGUCACUACCAUUGCGGACCUGUCUGACGGCGCCGCCCUCUUCGAGGUUCUCUCUCUUGUCGAUGCGGAGUACUUCCGCCAACCUACUCGUCCAUCGGCGCAGCCGUCGGACAACUGGGUUCUGCGCUUCAGUGCCCUCAAACGCCUGUACCGCCUUAUGACACAGUACUUCUCUGACGUGCUCCAUCAGCCUACGAGUGCACUUGACGUGCCAGAUCUCCAGGCUAUUGCCCAGGACCACAAUGUCCCCGCUACUCUCAUUAUGUGCCGCCUGACCAUCGCGAUCGCGGUCCAGUGCGAGAAGAAUAAGGAAAUCAUUGAGAAGAUCCAACAGCUGAGCGAGUUAGAGCAACACUCGCUCAUGCGUGUCAUCGAGCAGGUCAUGGCAAAGGUUAAGGUCUCCGGAAACCCCAGCAUCGGCGAGGUAAGCAUGACGGAAGACGACCACUACUAUCAGAUCCAGAGCGAGCGCAGUCGCAUCCUGGCCGAGAAGGAGACACUGGAAAAGGUGUACCAGGCACUGCUUGAAGAGCAUCGUACAUUGCAGACAAAUUUUGACGACGUCGCGUCCGAAAAGGAGGAUGCGCUUGCGCAGUUCCGGCAGGCGCAGCGGGAUGCGGAGAACAAGCGGGUGGACAGCAGAGGGGAUGCGAUCAUGCGUGCCGAGAUCGACCGCCUGCGUACCGAGCUCCAGAAGAGUGAGGACAACUUGGCGAUGGCAGAGGCCGAAUUGGACAAGCAGACUUCGUUGGUCACGGAUCUCACUCGGAGGGUCGAUGAGCUUCAGGUCAAGGCGGACGAGGCUGCACGUCUAAAAGACCAGGUCGACGAAUACCGACAUGCUGCCGAUAAACUGCAGAAGACGGAGAAUGUCAUGGAGAAGUACAAGAAGAAGCUCCAAGAAGGCGCUGACCUGCGACAACACGUCAAAGCUCUCGAGAAGCAGAACGCGGACCUUGUGGACCAAAAUGCUUCCCUCGAAGAGGAAUACCGCAAGGUCGCCGCGUUCAAGCCGCUCAUGGACUCUUACCGAACACAGAUAUCCGAGCUCGAAACGAAGGUAUCGGCGCGGACAACUGAGCUUGACGCUGUACGCUUCGACCUGGAGCAGACUCGCGCGAAACUCAAGACUUCUGAGACCGAGCGCGCAAAGGAUUCAGAGACCCUCGAGCUGUACCAAGAGCGUGUGCGAGAACUUGAACUUGUGUCUACCGCACGCCCACCGGCUGCAACAUCAUCCGCGCGAUCUCGGGCGCGUGCUGCAGAGUCUGCAGAAGAAGGCAGCACGGACGAGCUUACCGAAGAGGAGCUACUUGUGCAAAAGGAGGCCGCCCAAGACGAGGAGGACGAGGAGGCGGAGGUACAGGGCCUUGGCGAGGAGCUGGACUCUGCGCUGGCGGGGACGACGAUGACGGACCUGAAGCUGCAGGUGCGUAAGCUGCAGCGCGAGCUGGAGGCGGUACGCAAGAAUGAGGCAGACGCGAGCCGGGUGCUCGUGCUGGAGAAUCUGCUGGAUGAUGCGAAUCGGAUGAAGGCGCGGUACGAGGCGGAUUACCUCGCUGCGCACCGGGAGAAGCUUGUGUUGCAGCACAACCUGGAGGAAAUCCGGAGCGGGAAGUCAAUGGGAGACGGCGCCGAGGCGGCAAUCGCGCUGCGCCAACGGCUGAACGAGACUGUGGAUCAGCUUGAUACUCUCCGGAAAGAGCAUGCAGAGUUGGAGGUCAAGUUCGAGAGCAUGAGCAAAGAGCUGACGAUCGCGAAGUCCGACUUGACUCUGGUCAACAAGGACCAGGUCGAUAUACUAGCGACGCUGCGGGAAUCCGUGAACGAGGACAAAGCAGGCUUGGAGGAGGAGGUCCAACAGUUGCAGGGUCAAAUCAAGGAGCUAUCGGACAAGAACAAGAUGCAGCUCGAACAGAUCAAUGCCCUUCUUUUCGAGAAGGUUAAUCUACAGAGCGAAGGCAUCGAUCAGCGAGAAAAGAUGUUGCAGCGCGAGCGUGCUAUUGGGGAUCUGCGCGCAUCGAUAUCUGGCAAGGACGUUCCAGAAGAUAUCAAAGCGCGCCUGCUCAGUUUGCAUGAGGAGAAUAUCGUCAUAAAAGAACAGUAUAAGACUGCACAAGACAAGCUCACGAAGGCAAAGGCUUUCAUCAAGCAACAAGACAAGCUCUUCAAGGAGGAGCAUGCGAAGAAGAGUGGCUCCGCGUCUCCGGGCGCCUUCGAAGAAGCCGAAGGGAGCUAUCGCUCGCAAAUCAAGAUUCAAGAAGAAGAAAAUACGAGAUUGAAGCGCGCCAUCGCCGAUAUGGCGAAACGCUACUCGCGCGAACAGACUCUCAUGCUUAGUGUCAUACACACCCAUGCUGGCUGGGUCAACAAAGACGAAAUCUUGGCCAAACGCUUCGCCGCUGAUACGAUGUUCCCCAUUUAA